UGGCGCAGUACCACUAGACGUAAUGGUUUGUUAGGGAAUGUUUAUUGUUUCCGGGCGUAUUUUCGCUGUUUGUGUGUUCGUUUUCGGUGUUUGUCGUGUCUGUCGUUUGUGACCUUACGUUGGCCGCAACCGUGUGAAUACAGUGUGACGUGUAGUGCGUGAUUUUAAUUCUAAUAAUGUGCUGACACACUUUGGGAGUACCGUGGUCGCGUCAACAGCGUAUCAUGACAAAGGAUUGUAUGGGCAGCCCGAGCGCCGCCGACACCUGUGAAUCCGGCCGUCGAGCAAUGUUCAUGGUAUUGUCGUAAGUCUUUUUACGGAUUUAGUCUGUAUUAAUGCAGACGAGUUUAAUGGUAAUCUUAAUUAACGUACGGCGAAAAAAAUAAUUAUAUAUGAUGGAAGGUGGCCAUAUCUGAUAUCUCGCAAAUGCGUCCAGCCAUGCCACAGGUAUUGCUUGUGGCAAUGCUGUGGCUUUUAGUGUCCGAGGGCAACGCACAGAUGUUCGACCAUGACAUGGGUGUGUUGGACAGAAGAGUGUUGACCGAUGGUGUGGAUUACGAGGUGUUUAAUAAGACGUUGGCGUCUAAGCCAGGGUCAGGCUCUCGUGCUUCGCGUACUAAUUCGUCACAGCAACAGCAGCAUGUCACUAGCCCAACCAAUCGUCUAAUACCUGCAUAUAAUCCUCCAGAUCGAAAUACUUUUACGCCACCUAUGCUUCCAGAACGUUUUAAUCCAUUUGCUGAUAAACCGACGCUCAGGGGUAGCAAUUCAGAAAAAACUAUACCACCUAGACGACCUGGAAUUGUGCAACCUAAAUUUGAAAAAGAAUUCAUACCUAUCAGACCAGUAGAUGUUCCAGUAGCUGAUACUAAAAAGAAAACAAUUAAUACACCUAGUUUAAAUAAGCUAAGGGUACCAGAGUCUACUUAUUCUGAACCAACAAGUACAACGGCAGCAAAUGGAUUUAAAGGGCUAAAUGAUACUUACAAUAUUGUUGUACAACAAGUACAAAAUUUAUCCAGUCCAAACGUUUUUAGAAUUUUAUUUGAUGAUACAGGUAAAAAAAUGGAUGGUUUAAUGGGAAACGAUAAACCAAAUUUUGACCAAGAUCUUAAACCAUCGCGAACCGUAAAACAAGAAGUUCCCAAACCUACUCAACGUAAUAUUCAAACAUCAGAAACGACACCAACAUCUCAAGUAUAUGAAACUACACCUGAAGAAACAACCGAAAAAUAUGAGCCAACUAUGUUCAAAGAACAACAAGUGACUGAAUCAAAGAGCGAUAUAGAUAUACCAGAAUCACCACCAGAAAUAGUUUCUAUGCCUGACCAUCCUGAGCCUAGAGCUAGGUAUAUUCUUGGUGUUUUUUGGGACGUUCAUGUAUAUUUAAUCGCUAUACUUUUUCUGAUACUGGUAUUUUGUUCAGGGGUCAGUAUUAUAAGAAUAAGAGCAUUUAAAAAGCUAUUGACCUGUGGAUACUUUGUCACCAUACACAUCCUGUUGAUAAUAAUAGGCUGUUUGCGGAGUACGUAUUUAUUGUACGAUCCCUACAAUGUAAAUGGAACACUAUCUGCCCAGGUGUCUGGAUUGGCCCUGAAUAUAGUAUUUCCACUACUGUUGACUGUAUAUUCAGUGUUAUUUUUGUUUUUGUUAAGAGCUACAGAUGUGAAAACUAUUUUUUAUAAUUUGCAAAAGUCAUCGUUAUUGGCAAUAUUUAUCAGCUGUUAUAUGGCAUUUUGUAUCAUUGUACUCUUCUAUUCAGAAGUGCAUAUACUUUCAUUGGUAUCCAAAUGUGUUUACAUUUUAUUAUGUGUACUACUUGGAGUGACUUAUAUAUGCUUAUAUAGGUCUAUGACUAAUGCGUCUCUGAGAAAACAAGGGACCAUAUUUGGUGCCAGUUUUCAUGAACAUCGUCCUACCUUGGCUCAUUCGGUUCGUGUAACGUUGGCAACUAGCAUGUUGAGUUUGCUAAUGGCAUCUGUUCAGCUUUAUGGAAUGGUUGGCGUUUAUGAAAUGUUGGGCAAAGACCAGCCAAACCCUUGGCUAUGGUGGGGAUAUCAAUUUUCUGUGCGUGUGAUUGAGAUCUCAAUGUGCUUCUUAAUAUUCUGGGCAUCUAUACAACCACUUAGAUACACCAGUGAAAAAGAAGCUCAAAACCAAUCUGGCCUAACUUUGUUCCCUUGUCGCAGUACUGUAUCUCGAAGUGACCCACCAUCUGAUGAUAUUUAUCCAGCCAUAUGCAGUGCUAACCAAGCUGUACAUAACUAUACAUUGCGCACUGGUAAACAUAUAUAUGAUGAUACAUAUUCAAUGGGUGGUCCGCCAUUAGUUAACCAUCAACUAUUUGCACACACGACUGAGAGGAGGUCAUUGAAACGAAUGGAAGAAGAUUCCAGAAGUCUCUAUGCAUAUGCUGAACGAGCAGCCAUACAGCCUUCGCCAUCCAUGCUAGUAGCAGAAAAUGGGUUUGUCAGAUUUCGUUCUCUUGCUGAUGAACGAAAUCCAGAAGACCAAAUGUAUCCCAUCAAAAUUCACCAUCACAGGGAUAAUUGUUGUACUUAAAAUAAAGUAGGCCUUAAAAUAAGAUGAUUAUCCUCUAUUAUUUUUUAUUAUUAUUAUUAUUAUUUUUGUACAUAAUUAUUUAUGUAAUAAUUUUCUGUUUAUAUUUAAUGUGUUCCUUUAGCUUAAAAAACAUUCCAUGAUAUAACAAUUUCAUUUCUUUUUUCCCCCAAGACUGCUUUAUUUUUUAAGAGCCAAAAGGAUGACUUUUAAUGUAUGAUCAAAUGUUCAGUGUUAAAAUGUUGACAGCUUGUUAUUGUAACAUCACUCUCGUUAUCGAACAAAUAACUUUGGCUUAUACUUAACAUACUUAUUUAAUCUUAAAGUAAAUAGUUUAGCUUCUUUAUUUUUUUACUAACAAUAUGUCUGUGCCAUUUUUUUUACAACAUAGGUAUUUACAAAGUAUCUAUAUCUAGUAACGAUUUUAUAGUAGCAUUCAUGCAUAAAAAAAUAUUUUAUUGUGAAUAAUGAUAUCUGAUAAAUGUCCGUCCUGGAUUAAUAUUUUUCCAUGACUUGAUUUAUUUAUUGGCUUGAUUUAUUUUACUCUUGUUGUAUGUUACUAAUUGUUUUUUUUUUAAUAAGUCAAGAGUAGUCUGUAAUUGAAUUUUUCCUAUAUCAGUAACACAAAUAGGAAUUAUUGUUCUGGUUUUAUAACUUUAGAUGAAUUCUUUUAGUUUCAAUUUGCAUUUAUAUGAUGUUCCUCUGAUUAAAAAGUUAAUAUAAAGAAUCUCUUACAGACACUCAACUAAAUCAGUUUCAUAAAAUAUUAUUUAUAGGAAUGUUUACUAAUGUGUACAUUUAUAUAUAUAUAGUCGAACUUUUAUCAUGUUGUUAUAUUUAAUUAUUGUGAUCAUC